UUUCGGUGUCUAGAGAGCACAAAAAUUAUCGUUGAAGUAAUUGUGUUUCGGACGUAAUUCAUUAAAUUGUUUAACAAAACAGGCUGGGUCCUGCAGGUCAACUAUUGGGUGUUGGUUUUCUUUAUCAACUUUACUGAAUUCAAAUGUCUGGAUUGGAAAAAUUUCAAGCAAAUAAAGCUUGGCGUGCAAAAGUCAAGAAAUUACUUUUCAUGCAACGCGAAUUGACGCCACCUGCAAGCGCACCUAUGCAGUGCCAAAGAUUUAGUCUGGAUAUAACAGAAGAUUUACAAGUAUUUCUCGAAGAGAAGACGUUUUCUCGUGAAGAAAUUGAUCAAACUCGACCAGGGAACAUAGAAGAAAAAAUGUUCGAAACGGAGAACGAUGAAAAUAAACCAAUUAACACAAACGCAACUUCAAACUACAAUACCACUAAGAAGGCUAUUCCCAAGAAGUUUUCCACCAAGCCUUAUUGUGAUGAAACUAUGUAUGAAGACCAACAGCAGGCGAUUCAGUGGCAACGCUUCUCGGAUGAGAGUUUCAUGGCUUUGGAAAAAAUGUGUGAUAAGACCGCUUCAGAUCCAAACAGUACAUUAUUUCAAUACAUAAAUAGCGAACACAAGGAACUGAUCGUAGAAGAUGCUAAAAAACGGAGCGGAGAUGGAAAACAGUUUAUAACACCUUGCAAAAAUGAACUUAGGGAAAUCGACGAGGAAGCAAAAUCAUUACAGCGUUUACUGCAUGAUUUGUGUGUGCAAGAACAGAAAGAGCUAGAAAAGGAAAACCCAAUAAAAGGAAUUGACAUCACACGACUGGAAGAUAUAGAAGCGCCAUCAAAGUUAUGGGACACAACGAUUAUGGGGGAAACCACUUUACAAACUUCUCCAGUGAAGAUGAUAGGACUUUUGCGACCUUCCACUAUAAUGGAAGAAUGUGCUGAAGAUGAAUCCAUCAACUCUUUGAGUGGAUGUGAAGAUGCUUCACCGCAAGUAAGCUUUCAAAGCGCAGCAAAGGGCAGUGAAACUUCUACAACAAGCUACUAUGAAACCGCACAUGAUACCACCGGUUCAAGUGCAAUAAGCAAAGUAUCACAUAUCGUAGAAAAAACUCCAACAAAACAAUCGGAGGUAUUUGAUCAAAGUCUGGAAUUGAUUUAUCUUGACAAAACUUUGGAACCACAGCAUCAGCGCGCAGCUGAAGCAGAACUCGGCAAAGAAGAACUCAAAAUAGUUAACAACAUUGAGAACCAGUCUCCAGCUUCAUCUUUUGAUGAUUCCGAGGGAGUUAUAGAAUUACUAUCAGAUGAUGAGUCAGAUGAUGUGAUAGUUAAUGCUAAUUCAAAUAUUGUAGUUAAAAAUGAAAUCGCCAAAGAAGAUUUCGGUACAUAUCCAAAGGACAAUUCAAUAUUACAUCGAAAUACAAAAGAAAAUGAGUUUGCUCUUCAUGACGUGAAAAGUACAGAGUUAAUUGAUUUGGAAAAGUCAUUUGAAGUUGAUAAUGAGAAAGAAAAUUGUGGAGUUUUCAAUGAGAGUAGCGAUCAGUCAUUACAUUUUAACGACACAAUGGAAGAAGUGGAAUAUAUGAUGAAGAAAGGUAUGCAAUACAUGGCGGCGGCAGAAACAACUAAUUGUGGCUUAAAUAAACAAUCGCCUGUGGUGAAAGAAAUUGCAACUGUUCAACCUGUUAUGAUUGUGAAACCUUUACAAGAGAAGGAAAGAACAUUUACGUAUUCUCCGAAAAAGGGAAAUAGUAAUUACUCGUCACCUUAUAAAAACGUAGUAAAUUGCAAACCUACUGCAACUGUUACGGGUACCAAAGCUAAAUUAACUGCUUCAUCACCAAGGCGUACACCGACCUUAAACACACAAAAGACAAAACGCUUUUUAUUGGAUAUGAAACCAUUAACUAAAUUAGAUUUAUUUAAAACACCCUCAUCUAUUUCAAUGCGUCUCAAGGAGCCAGCCGGGCAUAAACAGUUUGCUCAUAUUGUCAGUCCGAUAGGUGCAUACAUAAAAAAUACCGCGACUACUCCACUGAUGGCAAAUUUAAAGCAGCGAUCCGAUGGUGCAGAUGUACGCAGUGCGACAGUUUUUCGUAAACUUGAGCAAGAAACGGAAAUUGACCAACUGAAAUCCGGUCCGACAGUGAGUACAGUAUCAAAGACAUCCAGCUUGCCGAAAAAAGCUUACAUCACAUCGGAAUUGAAACACAUUGUCGAUGAACGUACGCCCAUGACUAUUCCCGGCGGUGAGAAGAUACAAAAGUAUCUUGAAAAUGCUAUGCUACCAACUGUGGUACGGCAUGAAGGUAAAUUGAAAAUAUCGAGCAAAGAAACAAAUCCUGAAGAAGUAGCUCAAAAAGCGAGCUUUGGUAACACGACGCAGCGUAACAAUGGCAGUUUGGCGAAUUUAUCACUAAUGUCAGGUGACAUAUCUUUAUAUACGAUGAAAGAUGCACGAAAAUUUUAGAACACCCCUUGAAGAAUUAUACAACUUUUUUUUUUAUAUGUAUUCUUAAAUGUGCGUUUUUUAUGCAGCUAUUUCCCCCCGUCGUUUUAUUCAGAUUUAUGUCUCUAUAUUUAAUUAUUUACCGUUUCUUUUUUUUUAAUUGUUCUUUUUGAAUAAUAAACUGAACUACAAAACUUUUA